AUGCACCCCUAUGGAAUACGUGGCAUUUUGAUGCAAAGGUGUGAUGUUGUGGAGAUGCCACCAGUUCUCCCCUCUUUCAACUCCAUCUUCUUCUCCCAUGCAUUUAAACCUCCCUCAGCUCUCCUCCCCAAAAUCUAUCUAUCGCAGAAACUAAACAAACACAAAAAUCUGAUCAAUCUUGAUUUCGCAGUAGCUGCCAUGUCGUCGUCUAUGACCAAAAACGCCAUAAUGUCUUUCCUCUCUAAGGCUACUCGUCCUCCAUCCCCUUCCUCCUCUCCCCGACCCAAAUUCUCCAGAGUUUGCUUCUCCUCAGCCUCCUCCCCCCAGGGUUUUAAUGCAUCGGAGGAUUACAAGCGUAGAGACUACGAGAAAGGGUACGCGGGAGACAGGACGGUGGGGGACGCGGCGGCGGAGGUGGCGGAGAAGACGCGGGAGAGCGCGCGAGAAGCCGCGGACAGGACCAAGGAGAGAACCCACGAAAUGAAGGAGGACGCCAAAGGCGGCGCCCGGGACGCCAAGGACAGGGCGAAGGAGUACGCGCACGACGCCACGGAGAGGACCAAGGAAGGGGCGAGCAAGGCGGCGGACAAGGCCAGAGAGUACGCGAACAGGACGAAGGACACGACGAAGGAGACCGCGGGGGCGGCGGCGGAGAGGACUAAGGAAGGGGCGAAUAAGGCGGCGGAGGCGGCGGAGAGCAUAGGGGAGAAGGCGAAGCAGACGGUGCAGGGGGCGUGGGGGGCGGCGAAGGAGACGGGUCAGAAGAUUAAGGAGAGUGUGGUGGGGAAAUCGGAGGAUGUGGAGGACUACGUUGAAGAUCACACCAAGCCGCCGAGGAAGGUGUCGCCGGAGGAGAAGACGAUGGACGAUGAGGAUGUGGUGGAGCUCAGGAGGCGUGCCGGUGACAAUAAAAAAUUCUGAAACGGGAAAAAGUAUACGUAUGUCUCUAUAUAGGCAGAUAUAUAUAGGGAUCGUUAAUUAUUAUUAUGUUAUAUGUUGUUUUCUAAGUAGUAAAUCACUCCCAUAAACAUAUAUAUGCUUGUUUUUCAAAUCA